AUGGAGAUAAUCCAAGCAAGCUGCACCUCCAACUUCCGACCAUAUAUUCAUCCACCUGCCCGCCGUCAAUCAUCCCGGUAUCACACCGGGAUUCACGUUUUAUCGUGGCCAUCCCCAUGCUCAAUUUCACCUGUGCAGUCAAAAAUCCCAACCUACAGUAAGCCCAUUUCUACUACUCGGGCAAUCCUCGAUAGCAGCACUUCUGACUCUGUGGCCACUAAAACUGUGGAACAUAAUCCAUCUUUAGCAAUCAAAAAAAAGGCUUUCGAGGUAUCCACUGAUUUAAAGGGAACUUCAAUAUUUUUAGUUGGGAUAAACAACUCUUAUAAAUCGAAUUUGGGGAGGAUGCUUGCAGACGAAUUUCGAUACUAUUACUUCGACAGUGAUAGCCUGGUGGAGGAAGCUGCUGGAGGAAAAGAAGCUGCCAUAUCGCUCUUGGAGGAGGAUGAAGAAGGAUAUCUUGCAUCAGAGACCGAAGUACUAAAGCAGUUGUCAUCAAUGGGUCGGCUGAUUGUUUGCGCUGGAAAUGGAGCUGUUAAUGAUGCUACUAAUCUGGCACUUUUAAGACAUGGGAUUUCAAUUUGGAUUGAUGUGCCAUUAGACUUGGUGGCCAGAGAUGUAUUGGAAGAUAGGGUUCAGCUCUCUGCUUAUGAUAUGCACGUGUGCGGAUCUUCUUCGGAGGUACCUGCUCAAUUGGCUACACUGUAUAGUAGUGCACGAAGUGGAUAUUCUACAGCUGAUGCUACUAUUUCCUUUCUGAAGGUCGCUUCCCAACUGGGUUAUGAUGAGCUGGAUGCAGUGACUACAGAGGAUUUGUGUAUUGAGGUUCUUAAGGAGAUAGAAAAGCUGGUAAGAGUGAAGAAGAUGAUGGAGGACGCAGCCAGACCAUUUUAA